UCUGCGGAGCCAUAAGGUGAACUGCAGGAAGAUCCCAGCCCUGUACACAUGGGGCAGAGCCAGCCAAGAGGCAGGGAGAGGCCAGAGCUGUCGUUCCGGGCAACCCACUCGAGGAUGGCUCCCAGUCUUCCGGAAGGUGCUCGGCUUGGGGAAAGCAAACCCUCGCCCUGCUCCUUUUCCAUUGAGAGCAUUUUAGGACUGGACCAGAAGAAAGACUGUGUUCCCUCAAUGAAACCCCACAGGCCCUGGGCCGACACCUGCGGCUCCUCAGGGAAAGAUGUUAACCUACGUGUGCAUAUCCCAAGCCUUCCCAAUGGGAUAUCCUUCCCUUGUACUGUGGAUCACCCAGUGCCAGAAGAAAGAUUUUUGAAAUACGAAAAUUACUUUUCAGCCUCAGAAAGACUUUCGUUGAAAAGAGAACUGAGUUGGUAUCGAGGCCGGAGACCCAGAACUGCUUUUACUCAAAACCAGAUUGAAGUGUUAGAAAAUGUCUUUAGAGUUAACUGCUAUCCUGGCAUUGACAUCAGAGAAGACUUAGCUCGAAAAUUGAAUCUAGAGGAAGACAGAAUCCAGAUCUGGUUCCAAAAUCGGCGUGCAAAGCUAAAAAGGUCCCAUAGAGAAUCACAGUUUCUAAUGGCGAAAAAAAAUUUCAACACGAAUCUCCUGGAAUAGAUAGAAAACUAAACAUGUGAGAUUCUCUUACAAUUGCAGACCAUGAAGAAUCAAUGGAAAUAUCAAGUGAUAAAAAUGUGAUGUUUUCUUUUCUGCAUUUAAUCUGAGUGUUGUCAUUUUUUCCCUAAAAUAUAUUGUAAAUAUUUACUGUUAUAACAUGGUACCUAUUAUACUUGGGCACUUUUAGUUACAAUAAAGCCCUUUCCUAUAUAUUUUAAUAAAAUUUUCAGAAAAA